UAAGGCGAUAUAAGUAAAAUACGUAUAUUUCUACAGCGUAAUGUAUGAUUUCCUCUGCAUCAAAGUCAGCCGGAAAGUCCGCUACAAAAAGUGGCAGCAUGCCCCAAACUUGGUGCUGUCUCUCUCUAGCUGUCUCUCACAGUCUCUCUGGUGCUCUCUGGUAUGCUAAAUUCAAGGCAAAGCUUUCUUUCAUUCCACUUUCUUGCGGCACGGCACGGCACGCUCUUGCUCUUUGAAUUGACCGGGCCUGAAGAAGAAGCAACAGCAGGCGACAAAGGCAGAGACGAGGCCCACUGAAGGAGGUUCAACGUCUGCUGGCUGCCACACUCUUGGCUCAGUUUCAGUUCAGUUGCUGCACUUGACGCGUCUUGUUCUGUUCGCGCUACCCGACUCUCAAGAAGAACCUACCAUUAUUGUGUGCGUGUCGGAAAGAAGUUGAUCGCCAGAAGAAAAGAUUGUCCCAUAAAGCAUGGAUUAUCGUUUACUGUUGAAAAUUCUCAGCUUUCUGCUGCUGGCCCAGUUGGGUCUUGGCCAGCCACAGCAAUCGCCAGCGACGGACUACAACGAGGAGCAGCCGCCCGAGGGCUACUACGCCUUUGUGGAGUCCCCAAAUGCCGUGCCCCCAAGGGUCAGGCCGCCACCGUACACCUUCGUGAAUGCUGACUGCAAGGACGUGGCGGCUGGCAAGAAGUCGGCCGUCUCCGUGCACAACAUCUGCGGGGAUCUGAACAAGGGACAGAUACCCAAGAACCCACUCGGGCAGAAUGUGCUCGGCGAGCCCUAUCCCUUCGAGCUCAUACGCAACCAGACGCUCAAGUUCCUCUCGAAGACUCUGCCCGUGCUGAAGGCCGACGACACCCUGCCCAAGGUCACCCAGAUCAUACGCGACGAGCCAGUGGAGCAGCUGGACAACAACAAUAUCGACCGGCCCUACCCCGGCUCUGGGUCCACACGCAUUCGUCGCAGUGUCCCCGACGGCAUAGAGUCCAAUGAGUACAGCUACUUUGAUCCCGCCUUGGACGAGGAGAGUGGACACCAGCAGCAACAGCAUCAGCAGCGGGAGCAGCAGCAGAAAAGAGCCGCCGAAGAGCGCAAGCCACGAAAAUUCUGCGAUGGCGGUGGCGUAUUCUGCACAUUGUAUCGGGCCAUUCAGGGUGACAAUGGCAGUGCCGCCGCUGCCACGCCCACAGCCGAGAGACGGGAGGAAGUGGGACCCAUACGGUAUGAGGGUCCGCCCACACCCUGCCCCGCCAAGGUGGAGUAUGCCACGCCAGUGUUCGCGAAGAACUACCAGGGCGCCUGGCGCUAUGUGGUGCAGAUACCCUACGAGGGAUACUUCACUCAGACGGUGGAGGUGACGCGCUGCAUCCAGGCCAGAUGCCACUAUCUCGACGGUGGAUGUCUCUCCUCGCCGCGCUGGGUCAGCCUGCUGGUUGCAGAGAUCUUCUACCCCAAUGCCGAGGACACGGUGCCCACCAGCUCGACGACCACACAGGCGCCCUCGGUGCAGGACUUCCAGGCCUAUCAGCAGUACCUGCAGAAGCGUGCCGGCGUGGCCACCGCCUCCGAUGGCACCUCCUCCACGGGCCCGAAUGGUGCCGGAGCGGGUGCAGCGCCAGCGGAUGCCCACUGCGAUGGACACGAUGAGCUGGGCUGCUUCCAGGUGCGCCUCUACUACGACUGGUUCUUGAUACCCGGCUCCUGCAAGUGCUGGCGUCCGGACUACUUUGCCAAAUACGUGCGCCGGAAGUCGGUGGCCGAUUUGUGAGAGCUCCACCAUGAGAUCCUUAGAUCCUUAGCAUAAGUAAAAUGCCGUAGCCGUUAAGCGAGAUGGAUCGAGAUGAAGUGCUCAUUCUAGUGAUCCGAGGGCAGGAUUGGAUCCGCACGUGCUUGGAUUGCGUAGAGUUUGCAGUUCGUGGCUGGAUACCAGAUACCAGAUACAAUUUUAACUUAGGCGAUUAGCUCCCUCUUUGACUGAUUAAGCCAGGCGCAUUGAAUUUCUACUAAUAAAUAAAUAUAUUUCUC